AUGGUGGCUGCUGCUCCUACUCAAGCGAGGCCACAAGGGCGUGUCGGUGGCAGUAGCGACGGUGGUCAUAGGAAUAGAGAUACGGGUGAGGCGUCUCUGGCGGCUGAUCGUACCACAAUGCUGCGGGUCAGCAAUCUAACCCGUAAUGUAGAUGAGGAACACUUGAAUAAAAUAUUUGGAACGUAUGCUCGCGUUGAGAGUGUUCACCUGGCUGUUGAUGAACGGAGCCACCUCUCGAAAGGCUAUGCGUACGUCCUCUUCGCCACUCGUGAGGGGGCGGAGGAAGCUUUUCUCCAUGUAGACAAAGGACAGAUUGAUGGGAACGUGGUCAAGGUCGUUUUCGUAACACCCCCCGCACCUCCCGCCGAGAGGCCUCGGAAGGCAGCAGUGCCCAGUGGUACAAGCAGUGUCGGUGAUCGUUGCGUAGCCCGUCAUCUUCGAGCUCCUCAUCAUCUGCGUCUGGCCUCUCUUCCGAUACUGAUGGUCGACGCACACGUCGCAGAAGAGGUCGCUCAAGAUCUGGGGGAGAGCGGCGGGGUAACCGAGAUAGGGGCUACCGGCGAUAAGGAAGUUUAUCUCACGUUUCUGUGA